UACAAUCCAACUUUUGCCUCACUCUCUCUCUCUCUCUCUCUCUCUCCUCUCUCUAUACUAUUCACCAAUUUCUUCCCCUUUCUCUCUCUAAAUCCAGAGCUUCUCUCUGUCUCUGCUACCAUGGCAGUGGCAGAGUUGUCUUCUUCAUACACUAAAACCAGCCUUCACUCUUCACAGCUUUCAUUCCUGUCAAAUCGUCUCUCCAAUCCCUCACGUCGAAUCGAUCUCCAGCCACUCCCUCCGACACGAAAUGCAAGAGUUGUUUGCUCUGUUGCAUCCAUUCAAGUUCAAGCACCGGUCCCUGUGCAUGCCGAAGACCCCAAGAUGAAGCGCGAAUGCUAUGGCGUGUUCUAUGUCACUUAUGAUCUCAAGGCUGAGGAACAGACAAAAACCUGGAAGAAAAUGAUUAAUAUUGCAGUCUCAGGUGCUGCUGGGAUGAUCUCCAAUCAUCUACUGUUCAAACUUGCAUCUGGUGAGGUAUUUGGGCGGGAUCAACCAAUUGCAUUAAAACUUUUGGGGUCUGAAAGGUCAUUUCAAGCUCUAGAAGGAGUUGCCAUGGAACUAGAGGAUUCAUUAUAUCCUUUGUUGAAGGAGGUCAGUAUUGGCAUAGAUCCUUAUGAUGUAUUCCAAGAUGCCGAAUGGGCACUUUUGAUUGGAGCAAAGCCUCGAGGGCCUGGAAUGGAACGAGCUGACUUAUUAGAAAUAAAUGGGAAGAUUUUUGCCGAACAGGGAAAAGCUCUUAAUGCAGUGGCAUCGCGUAAUGUCAAAGUGAUAGUAGUGGGCAAUCCCUGCAACACCAAUGCAUUAAUUUGUUUGAAAAAUGCACCAAACAUACCUGCAAAGAAUUUCCAUGCUUUGACUAGAUUAGAUGAAAAUAGAGCAAAAUGCCAGCUGGCCCUCAAAGCAGGUGUCUUCUAUGACAAAGUGUCAAAUAUGACUAUAUGGGGAAACCACUCAACCACUCAGGUUCCGGACUUUUUGAAUGGUAGAAUUGAUGGCUUACCUGUCGAAGAGGUUAUUAAGGACACCAAGUGGUUAGAAGAAGACUUCACUGAAAAGAUUCAAAAGAGAGGUGGUGUGCUUAUUAAGAAAUGGGGAAGAUCCUCAGCUGCAUCAACUUCUGUCUCAAUUGUUGAUGCCAUAAGGUCUCUUGUAACUCCCACCCCUGAGGGUGAUUGGUUUUCUUCUGGAGUUUUCACAAAUGGAAAUCCAUAUGGUGUGGCAGAGGAACUUGUUUUCAGCAUGCCAUGCAGGUCAAAGGGGGAUGGCGAUUAUGAACUUGUCAAGGAUGUUAUAUUUGAUGACUACCUUCUGAAGCGAAUAACCAAGGCUGAAGCUGAGUUGCUUGCCGAGAAGAAAUGUGUGGCCCACCUCAUAGGAGAGGGUAUUGCUGUUUGUGAUCUACCUGAGGACACAAUGCUUCCUGGAGAAAUGUAGAAGCGAUCUAAAGCCUAUUUAUCACAAAGGUCUCCCGCCUUGAGAAAGCAGGAAAUGAUAGAAUAUUCAUUCUUGAUUGAUUCCUCUAUUAUUCAUGUAGAAUAAGAAUCUGCAAUAGCCAAUAAAAUUAUUUAGCAGGUUGUAAUGAUGAACUUGGCAAUUUAAUUUAAUCCAUUUGAGAA